UCCUCCAGCAUUCUGAUGCUGGCUGACCCAGAACCCCCAAAGGGACGGGCCAUUCUCUUGACUCGGGCUCCCGAGCAGGCCAGGGCACGCGGAGUCUGCUUCGUUUGGGAUGAUCUCCUCCCCCCGGGAGGUGUGUUCUCCAUUGAGACCACAAAGGGGCCAAGGCAUCGGAAAGACCACAGGCGCCCAGACCUUGAGAUCUACAAGCCUGGCCUCUCCCGCCUGCGGAACAAGCCGCCGGUCCCAAAGCCGGAGGGGCCCGGGCAGGAGGAGGAGGCGGCCCAGGGCGGGAUGGCGGGUGACCAGAACUCUCCUCCUGCUCUGCCCCCCCGGGAAGAGCCUGGCCUCUCCCAGGACCUGCAGAGAGGCAACGGCCCGCAUCCAAAUGGCAUCCCAGAAGGAAACGCUGAGGUGGGGGCUCCCCACAGCCAGGCAGGCACCCUGGAAGACGGGGGUCCUCAGGUCACCAGGCGAGCCAAGAAGCCCGACCAGCAGAUCUACCAGGCUGGGAAACGACUGCAAGGCUCUUCCAAGGAGCCAACAGCUGAGGAGCCCCCCGUGAAGAAUGAGACUAGCAAGGAGACAGAAAAAGAGGCCGGGAAGGGGGGUGAGGGCCCCACCAGGAAGCCGGCGGUCCAGGAGGCAAAGGAAGGGAGCCUCAACACAGAAGGCACCCACUCCGUCCGAGGGGAGAAGGGUCGGCGAGCCGAGAAACCAGAGGGGUUCAGAAAGGGUAGCGAGGAGGCCCCCUUGGGCGGCACCAAGAGGCACGCCGACUCCGUCCGAGGGGAGAAGGGUCGUCGAGCCGAGAAACCAGAGGGGUCCAGAAAGGGUAGCGAGGAGGCCCUCCUGGGCGGCACCAAGGCGGGCACGCCGAAGCGGUACUCCCGCUCAGACAAGCGCCGGAACCGCUACCGGACCUGUAGCACCAGUUCGGCCGGGAGCAACAACAGCGUGGAGGGGGCGCGGGGGGAAGGAGAGGCGGGCAAGAAGCGGCAAGAAGCCCCUAAGGAGCGGCUUCGCCUUCGGCAGCCACCCCCGCAACAGCAGCAACAGCAACAGCGCCUCUCUGGAUCCUCCACAGACUCUCUGGAGGACGACCGGGUGGAGCGUGGGCUCGCCAGGAACUCGGAGGCAAAGAGGUGCCUGGAGCAGGACUGGCUUUCCCGGGCGGGCAGCCGGCAAGAGGAGAAAGGCGCCCAGCCAGGCAGCAGGGGCCUCUCGGCCGCCAAGGGGGACUGGCGGAAGCGCACGCCCUCUGGCACCAGCUUGAGCGAUUCUGCAGAACCCGGAGAGGGGAAGCCCCAGGGCCGAGGCCGCGGCAUCUUGGUCCUCCCGGCCAACACGGACCUCACAGCCAGCGGUGCUGGCGGCUCCCCAGAAGCUCCUCUCGCCGGGGGUCCCAGACUCCUCUUUGGGACAGGGGGCAGCAAAGGGGCCCGGGCCAGGGGCCGAGGAGGGACCGUCCGCCGCCUCUGGGACCCCAACAACCCCGAGCAGAAGCCGGCGCUGAAGAGCCCCAUGGCGCAGCUGCACUUCCUUGACACGGACGACGAGGCGGUGGCGACUCCUGUCCCCCGGGGAGGCGACCCCCGCCAAGUGCCGGCCUCAUACUACCGCUUCCAGAACUCCGACAACCCUUACUACUAUGGCCGGGCGGUGGGCCAGGGGCCCCCCUACCCUUACCCGGGAUACUCCUUGCCUUAUCCGGUGGGGGUCAGCAACGGGGUCUACCCGGGGCCUUACUAUCCCCCCACCGGCAGCAGCGGCUACCCAAGCCCCGCCGAACCCUAUCUCUGCAGUCCUCUCGUGGCAAGCCCUCUGUGCCCCGAGAUGGAGCCGCCGGUCCGCAGCCUCCAGCAGCCGGAGCUGAGCCAAGUCCUCCGGGAGGCCAGCAACCUGGAGCAGCAGCUGAGCAACCUCCUGUCCAGAGACCGGCUGAGUCCUGAGGGGCUGGAGAAGAUGGGGCAGCUCAGGGGCGAGAUGCUGCAGCUGUACGAGCGCUGCCUCCUGGCCGACAUCGAGUUUGCCGACGCCCAGAACGUGGACCAGCUGCUCUGGAAGAAUGCCUUCUACCAGGUGAUUGAGAAGUUCCGGCAGCUGCUCAAGGACCCCCUCGGGGAGAACGCCCAGGAGCUCCGCAGCAAGCUCUUCCAGGUCCUGGACGAGGGCACCCUUUUCUUUGACGGCUUGCUCCAGAAGCUGCAGCUCACCUACCAGUUCAAGCUGGAGGACUACAUGGAUGGCACGGCCGUUCGCAGCAAACCCCUGCAGAAGAUGGUCAAGUACGCCCUGAUCAGCGCCCAGCGGAGUUUGAUCUGCCAGGGAGACAUCUGCCGGUACCGGGAGCAAGGGAGCGACACCGCCAACUAUGGGAAAGCCCGCAGCUGGUACCUGAAGGCCCAGCAGAUCGCCCCCAAAAACGGACGCCCCUACAACCAGCUGGCCCUCCUGGCUGUCUACACGAGGAGAAAGCUGGACGCCGUCUACUACUACAUGCGGAGCUUGGCUGCCAGCAACCCCAUCCUGACCGCCAAGGAGAGCCUCACGAGUCUCUUUGAGGAGACGAAGCGGAAGGCUGAGCAGAAGAAGAGCCCCAUCCGGGCAGCCAACCAGGGGAAGAAGUCGGCCUUCCGGCCCUCGGGCGACGACGCCACCCGUCUGGAGCUCUGGCUCCCCCCCUCCCCCCCGCCCUCCGGCCAGGGCCACGAGUCAGGCCGCGACUCGGAGCAGGACGGCGGCCUCGGGGGCCUGAGCCCCAGCGAUCUGAACAAAAGGUUUGUCCUGAGUUUUCUCCAUGCCCAUGGGAAGCUGUUUACCCGGAUUGGGAUGGAGACGUUCUCUGCUGUGGCCGCCGAGGUCCUGAGCGAGUUUCGGGCGCUGCUGGCGCACAGCCCCUCCCCGGUCGGGAGCCCCCGCAUGCUGCAGCUCAUGGCCAUCAACAUGUUUGCUGUCUAUAACUCCNNNNCCACAGAGUGCCUGUCGGAGGACUGCCGUUCGGUGAUCCAGGAACAGGCCACGGCCCUGGGGCUCGCCAUGUUCUCCCUCCUGGUCAAGCGCUGCACCAGCCUGCUGCGGGACGUCGCCCUGGCAGCCACUCAGGGCCCGGACGGUGCCUCUGAAGACGACGGCAUUAAAGUCUCUUCCCUGCCUGCAGACCUGAGGGAGCUUCUGCCCAGCGUCAAGGUCUGGUCGGACUGGAUGCUCGGACACUCGGACACCUGGAACCCCCCGCCUAGUGCCUUGGAGCUGCCCCCAUCGGUCUCCGUGGACGUGUGGGCCACGCUGGCCGACUUCUGCAACAUCCUGACGGCGGUGAACCAGUCGGAGGUGCCCCUGUACAAGGACCCGGACGAGGACCUGGUCUUGCUGAGCCUGGAGGAGGACCGCCUGCUCUCCGGCUUCGUCCCGCUGUUGGUAGCCCCUCAGGAGCCCUGCUACGUGGAGGAAUCCUCGGACAAGGUUAUUGCGGCCGACUGCAAACGGAUCACGGUGCUGAAGUAUUUCCUGGAAGCCCUCUGUGGCCAAGAGGAGCCCUUGCUGGCAUUCAAGGGUGGAAAGUAUGUGUCCGUGGCCCCCGUCCCAGACGCCAUGGGAAAGGAAGCGCCGCGCCAAGAGGGGAAACAACGGGAAGAUCAGGAGGAGGACGUCCGGAUCGAGGCCUUUGAGGACGACUCCGAGGCUGAAGGGAGCGGCACAGAGCUGGACAUCAAGGAACUGAGGGCCCGGAAGCAGGCACUGACCCGGAAGGUGGCCGAGCAGCAGCGCCGACAGGACAAGAUCCAGGCGGUGCUGAAAGACCAGGCCCGGGUGCGGCAGAUGGAGCUGGAGAUCCGGCCCGUCUUCCUGGUCCCGGACACCAACGGCUUCAUCGACCACCUGGCCGGCCUGGCCAAACUGCUGGACUGCCGUCAGUUCAUCCUGGUGGUGCCCCUGAUCGUGAUCAACGAGCUGGACGGCCUGGCCAGAGGCCCCGAUUCAGAGCACCGGGUCGGGGGCUACGCACGCCUCUUGCAGGAGCGGGCCCGCAAAGCCGUGGAGUUCCUGGAGUCCCGCUUUGAGCGCCGGGACAGCUACCUGCGGGCCCUGACCAGCCGGGGCAACGAGCUGGAGUCCAUCUCCUUCCGCAGGGAGGACCUUUCCAGGCAGCAGGGGAACAACGACGACCUGAUUCUCUCUUGCUGCCUCCAUUACUGCAACGACAAGGCCAAGGACUUCAUGCCAGCCAACAAAGACGACCCGAUCCGCCUGCUCCGGGAGGUGGUGCUGCUGACGGACGACCGGAACCUCCGGGUGAAGGCCCUGACGCGCAACGUCCCCGUGAGGGACAUCCCCACCUUCCUGAAGUGGGCGCAAGAGGGCUGAGGAGGCGCCACCCAACGCCACCACCGCCGCUGCUGCUGCCACCACCUGGAGAAGCUGCGCAGCCGCCAUUUGGCUCCUGGAAGGGUCAGCGCCCCGGGGCCCGCGCGGGCUAGGGGCCCAGCCGCCACCCCCCCUCCUCUGGCGCGGCCGUUCCGGGACCCGCCCGUGAACAAUAAAACCCAGCCACGCCUUUAAACCCGCCCACCCCUGCAGUGGCCGUGCUGUGGGUGCGAGGGGCGGUGGGAAGGUGGUUUGGAGGGGCAACCCCGACGCGAUGGGGGGGCUUGCCUCCGUUGAGGGAGCAGUGGUUGUGAGGGGCAGGAAGGGGGCCUGGGGGACGGGGAAACGGGGGCUCCUUUUAGCCUACUGCGAGGGCACCUCUCCUUUGCUGUCAGCCCCUCUCCGAAUCUCGCCAGCCCUCAGGAUGGAAGCCAGGCACCCCAUGUUUGACCUCUGUGCAUCUCAGCUCCUACCCCCGAGACCCCUUCUCUCCCCCCCUCCCAGUCUCCCAGUCUGCAGCCACCACACCAGCUGGGUCUCCCACUGGUUUCCUCCUGCCCAUCCUUUCCCCUACACCCCAUUCUUGGUUCCUGUCCCCCCCUUUUCCCACCCCACUUUCUGAUUUCACCCUCCCCUCCCCUUGAACACUUUCCCUGCAGUGGUUUAGAGGAGAGAUGCUGUGGGCACGGAGGGCCCCCCCACAGAAUGCCUUUAGACGGUGUACAUUUUAAGGAGCUGGCAGGCAUGCACCUCCAUGAAAAGGGGGUUUAAGAGUGUCAAGGUAGCAGCCAGAUGUGUGUGAGAGACACCCUUGUGUAAGGGCAGAAGUGUUAGUGGCCAUUUGGCAACCUGUAGUAAUCUGGCUCGGGGGGGGAAGAGCUCUCCCAUCAAGAGGGACCCCCCCUCCUCCCGCUGGCCUGAUGGUGCAGAGAGUGUCCGUGGAGGGAAGGAGCUGAGAGAGAAGACCUGGACGUGGGCUUUCCCAUCCAGACAGCACCCAGGACGUGGGCCUGGCUUGUGCCGGAAGACCCCUCGGCCACCCGUGGCAGGACAGGCACCACGAGAGUUUAGCGGGGUCAACGGAUCCCAAGAUAAGCGAGGAGGGAAGGAGAGAAGCCUGCUGCCUCCAUGGGUCAGCGCUCUGCAUCGGUGGCCCCACUCACAUGGAAAACAAGGGGAGCAGGGUGAGAUUGGGGGGGGGGAAAUGUCAGUUCUCACACGCAGGGAAGACCACCUGGACACCAGCAUCCCACCCCCCCUGCCAACAGUUCUGCUUUGGCCCACCUGGGAUUGUAUGGAGAGUUUGUGACCGUUUUUCUCUUGUUGUUUUCUUAAAUAAAUUUGUUUAAUAGGGAA